AGUAUCCCGGCCGCUCUCCGAGUGUCGGGGUUGCCACGGAAACAGCGGCGAUCCCGCUGGAACCGGGGAAGCGCCGGUGCUCCCGGUGUCACGCGCGCCCGCCGUGCCCACCGGGCCCCGCUGGCUGUCCCUGCCCGCGGGAGGUGGCCGACACCGGCCUGGGGGGUUUUCUGUAGGAAACCCCAUGGAAUUGUGGUGGAGCGGUCCCUGCAGGUGCCAUCCGCGCUCUGAGGGGACCGCGGGGGUUUCCCGCAGGGAGGGUCCGCCCUGGGGCAGCUCCAAGAUGCACAGGACCACCCGGAUAAAGAUCACGGAGCUGAACCCACACCUGAUGUGCGCCCUGUGCGGCGGCUACUUCAUCGACGCCACCACCAUCGUGGAGUGCCUGCACUCCUUCUGUAAAACCUGCAUCGUUCGCUACCUGGAGACCAACAAGUACUGCCCCAUGUGUGACGUGCAGGUGCACAAAACCCGGCCCCUGCUCAGCAUCCGGUCAGACAAAACCCUCCAGGACAUCGUGUACAAGCUGGUCCCAGGGCUCUUCAAAGAUGAGAUGAAGAGGAGGCGCAAUUUCUACGCUGCGUACCCAGUGGCUGAGGUUCCCCUGGGCUCGCACGAGGAGCGUGGCGAGGUGGCCGAGCGGGACCAGGGCGCGGGGCCCGAGGAUGAGAUCGUCAGUCUGUCCAUCGAGUUCCACCGGGACUGCAGGGAGGAGCAGAAAGGCGCCGUGGAGAACGGGGACCUGGACAAGGACAAGGCGCCGCCGUGCCCGCCGAGCCCGGGGCUGCGGUUCCUGCGCUGCCCCGCGGCCAUGACCGUGCUGCACCUGGCCAAGUUCCUGCGCAACAAGAUGGACGUGCCCAGCAAGUACCGGGUGGAGGUGCUGUACGAGGACGAGCCCCUGAAGGAAUAUUACACCCUGAUGGACAUCGCCUACAUCUACCCCUGGAGGAGGAGCGGUCCCCUGGCACUCAAGUACCGCGUCCAGCCCUCCUGCAAGCGGCUCAAGCUGCGCCCGGCGCUGCCCUCCGAGGGCACCAACACCAGCGGCGCCUCCGAGUGCGAGUCGGGCAGCGACAAAGCGCAGAGCCCCGGGCUGGCAUCGCCCCCCGCCCUGCCCGGCCCCGGCCACGGCCCCCCCGGGCCCGCCCUCAAUGGCUCCGCCGCGAACUGUCACCCGCUGCCACCCAGCUGCCACCCGCUGCCACCCAGCUGCCACCCGCUGCCCCCCGCCCGCGGCCGCAAAAGCGCCCUGAACGGCAGCGCGGGCUCGGCCCUGAGCUAAAAACCUCCGGGGGCUGCUGAAAACCCCCCUGGGACUCUGGAAAAUCAUCCUGGGACUCCAGAAAAUCCUUCUGAGACUCUGAUAACCCUCCUGGGACUCUGGAAAAUCCUCCAAGGACUCCGAAAAACCCUGCAGGGGCUGCUGAAAAUCCUCCUGGAACUCCUGCAGACCCUCCAGGAAUGCUCAAAACCCCCCAGGGAUUCCUAAAAAUCCUCCAGGGAUUCCUAAAACCCCUCCAGGGAUUCCUGAAAGCCCUCCAGGGAUUCCUGAAAGCCCUUGCAGACCUCUAUAAAUGUGGGUGUACAUAGGGACAGA